AUGCCUGAGACAUUGCCAGUGAGGAUGCAUUUGGACUCCCCCAAUAGCACCACUGAUGUUGCCAACUGGACCAAUGGGUCCUUCUGCGCCAGCGAGCAGCAAGUGGUGAUCCCCAGUGAACUCUUCCUGAUUCUGGGAGCAACGAGCUUUGUGGAGAACUUGCUGGUGGUGGCCGCCAUAGUCAAAAACCGGAACCUUCAUUCCCCCAUGUAUUAUUUUAUCUGCUGCCUAGCUGUUUCAGACAUGCUAGUGAGCGUCAGCAACCUGGUGGAGACUCUCUUCAUGCUCCUCAUAGAACACGGGAUGCUGAUCAUAGAGCCCACUGUAGUCAAGCAGGUCGACAACGUCAUGGACAUGUUGAUCUGCAGCUCCUUGAUGUCUUCUCUCUCCUUCCUGGGCGUCAUCGCCAUGGACCGCUACAUCACCAUCUUCUACGCCUUGCGCUAUCACAGCAUCAUGACCAUCCAGCGGGCUGUGGCCCUUAUGGUGGCCGUCUGGCUGAUCAGCAGCAUCUCCAGCAUCCUCUUCAUUGUCUACGACAGCACGGCUGUCAUCCUGUGCCUAGUGGUCUUCUUCCUCUCUGUGCUGACCCUCAUUGCAGGGCUCUACAUCCACAUGUUCAUGCUGGCACACCAGCACGCCAGGCAGAUUUCAACCCUGUACAGCAAACAGCAUGCACCCCAGUUUACCAGCAUGAAGGGGGCCAUUACCCUCACCAUCUUGCUCGGAGUCUUCUUGAUUUGUUGGGGACCCUUCUUCCUCCACCUUAUCCUCAUCCUCAUCUGCCCCAGCCACCCUGCCUGCAAGUGCUACUUUCGUUACUUCAGCCUCUACCUCAUCCUCAUCAUCUGCAAUUCAGUAGUGGACCCCAUCAUCUACGCUUUCCGAAGCCAGGAACUCAGGAGAACGUUGAAAGAGGUGGUCCUGUGUUUCUGGUGA